AUGAAGUCUAUGGAAGUACAGAGAAAUAUCGGGCCCCAACAGACGAACAGCAGCAGCAUGUGUGAAUCUACGCAGAGGUCCUGCGAACCUCGCCGAAAAAGAAUGGAUGAUCGCAGUGCGCCCUCGGAGAUGGCCCGGAUAAUCACUGAUCCUGCCACGGGGAAGUGUUACUGCCGUGGGAAAGUUUUGGGCAAGGGAGGUUUUGCUAAAUGCUAUGAGAUGACCGACCUCUCCACCAGCAAAGUUUACGCAGCCAAAAUCAUCCCACAUGCGCGCGUCUCCAAACCUCACCAACGGGAGAAGAUUGACAGAGAAAUUGAGCUACAUAGACUGCUGCAUCACAGACACAUUGUGCACUUUUAUCACCAUUUUGAAGACAAGGAGAACAUCUACAUCUUGUUGGAAUACUGCAGUAGAAAAUCAUUAGCUCAUAUCUUGAAGGCUCGCAAAGUGCUUACUGAGCCAGAGGUGCGGUAUUACCUAAAACAGAUAGUCUCUGGACUGAAGUACCUGCAUGAACAAGAGAUCCUACACAGAGACCUGAAACUUGGUAACUUCUUUGUGAGUGAGUCGAUGGAGCUGAAGGUCGGCGACUUUGGUUUGGCUGCCAAGUUGGAGCCAGCGGGAAACAGGAGGAAGACGAUCUGUGGGACUCCCAACUACCUUUCCCCUGAGGUGCUCAACAAGCAGGGCCAUGGCUGUGAAUCAGACAUCUGGGCCCUAGGCUGCGUAAUGUACACCAUGCUGUUGGGCAGACCACCAUUUGAAACCACCAACCUGAAGGAGACAUACAGGUGUAUUAGGGAGGCACGGUACUCUCUGCCCUCCUCCCUUUCGCACCAGGCUAAACAGUUAAUCGCCAGCCUACUGGCCAAAACCCCAGAGGACAGACCCAACCUUGACCACAUCAUGAGGCAUGAAUUCUUCACACAGGGAUUCAGUCCAGAGCGUCUGUCUGCUAGCUGUUGCCAUUCAGCACCAGAUUUCCAUGUCUCCAGUCCCGCAAAGAGCUUCUUCAAGAAAGCUGCUGCUGCUCUGUUUGGUGGGAGAAGAGACAAGGUCAAAUACUACGAGACUCUGAAUAAGUUAACCAAAGAGGAAGAGGAGAUCUACAAACUGCAGCAUGACCUGGAGAGAACCGUCAUCAGCCAACAGCAGAGCAAAAAGAUUGCUGAGAAUGGAAGUCUACUUCCGCCAUCUGCCGAAAACCCCGUUGCCUUGGCAACAGAGAGCCAGUCCCCGACGACGCGAGAUACCAUCCGUCUGAUCGUCAGGGGGAGUCUGGGGAGCUGCAGCAGCAGCAGUGAAUGCCUAGAAGACAACACAACAGGAAGCGUGGCUGAGACUGUUGCUAGUGUAUUGAGGGGAUGUCUGGAGAAUAUGCCUAAAGCGGACGACAUUCCACAGGCAUCAAACAGCGGCAGUCUUCAAUGGGUGACUAAAUGGGUGGACUACUCCAACAAGUACGGCUUUGGCUACCAGUUGUCUGAUCACACCGUGGGAGUUCUCUUCAACAAUGGCACUCACAUGAGCCUCCUGCCUGACAGAAAGACUAUCCAUUACUAUGCAGAGUUGGGCCAGCGCUCUGUCUUCCCCACCUGCGAGGUUCCUGAACACUUCGUGGGCCAAGUGACUGUGCUGAAGUACUUUUCCCACUACAUGGAGGAGAACCUCAUGGAUGGUGGGGAUCUUGGUAGUAUGACAGAUGCACACAUGCCCAGACUUUACCUGUUGCAGUGGCUCAAGUCCGACCGCGCCCUCAUGAUGCUCUUUAAUGAUGGCACUUUCCAGGUCAACUUUUACCAUGACCACACCAAGAUCAUCCUGUGUUGCCAGAGGGAUGAGUACAUGCUAACAUACAUCAACGAGGACCGCGUCUCCAAAACCUUCAAACUCAGCUCCCUGCUGACAUCUGGCUGCCCCACUGACCUUCGUGAACGCAUGGUGUACUCUCUCAACAUGCUGCUGCAGAGAUGCAGCUAAACCCCUGAUAAUGUGUGUUGGACAGUGUUACACUGACAAAUCUACUCAUUGUGCUACUGCAGUGUUGCAGAGGAGGCAUGAUUCAGAAGGAUCUGUGCGAAAUGGAUGGAUUUCAAGAAUGGACCUUUGCAAAGUAAUUUAGCAUUCCUACAACACUGCACUGCCGUGACUCAGCAAGUGCAGGGGAAAAAACAAUACGGACAGGCUCUGUGGAUGAGGAAAAUGAAAUGUAGCACAAUGACAAUGGAUAGAAAAGGGCUGAUUUGUAUGUCGAUUGUUGGAGGAGAGAAAAGAUUGAGUGUGAUAGAGCAAGUAUGUUGGUACGAUUGUGAACUCCAGAUGUUUGGGACAGAGAGAGGAUGUUUUGGGAAGUAAAGACCAAUGCUGGGCUGGCUCCAGCUUAAAUGUGUACAGUAUAACUGAUGCUGUGGAUAGAAGCAAUCGAUAAACUGAUGCUCUGUGUGUAACCAGAGCUAGACUGUGGAAUAUUGUAAAUGAUGUACAGUGUGUGCCAUAGCCAACUCAGCGGUGCAGAGGAACGAUGUGCUAAUGUGUGUGGAUGGGACAGGGUUCAGCUGUUUAUACGCGUAUGUGUGAGUGUGUGAGUGAGUGGGAAGGAUGUAAUAUCACACUAACUUUUAAAAACUGUGAUUUGUUCUCUUUAUUGACAGAUGGACUCAGCACAUUGAGCUGGGAAACAGUGGGGUGAUGUGAGGGGGGG